CGCUUUCGUAUUAAUCCUUCCCCAUCGCAUCUUCUAGUUGCACGCUCGAGUUCUCAUUGCUACUCUCUGGUGAAACUCAUUUCGCACUUUUGGUCUUAUAUCAACCUGGAAGUGACGAUCUAUUACCAUCGUACUUGCCAUUGACGGGAUUGGUGGAGUGACCAUCUCCUUCCUUUCCUGAAUACUCAACGGGCGUCAAAAUGGCACCAAAAUCGAGUGAAAAGCCGAUCUUCCGAGAUCUUGUUGUUAGCAUGGCAUGUCAGCUGGGAGGCCAGUGGACUGACACGAACAUUUCAAGAUGGGUCAAUCAGAGAAGUGGCGUUUUCAUUACGGAGAUGAACAACUCGGUCACUCAUCUGAUCUGUUCGCCCGAAGAGUUCAAGAAGAGAGGCCCUCGAGUCAAGCAGGCGCUCAAGCGUGGUGCAGCUUGCCAUAUAGUCAGCGUCGACUGGCUAGAAGACUCGAUUAACAAGAAACGGAGACUCAAGGAGAAGCCAUAUCUGCUCACCACUGCUCUCAAGCAAGAACGGGCCAAGAUACGCCGGGAAGUAAAGGAAGCUAAAGGCCUAGAGCAGGCCGAGAGAUUUGUCAACUCGAACCUGUACCACACUUACACCGACGCAACAUAUUUCCGCUACGAAAUCACUUUAACUAGGGACGAUGCAGAAGAAGAGAUCAAGGGGCAACGAUAUACGCUCUAUCUCUUCGAGUCCAACGCAAGGCCUCACUUGUACCUGUUUGCCGCCAAAUUAUACAAGAAGCAUCGAGAUCCCCAGCCAAACUUCUUCCGACCGAGUCAAACGCCACAAUCAUUCAGCACCGAGUUCGACAGGUUCAAGAGUUUCUUCCGGAAGAAGACCGGAAUCGAGUGGGAUGAGCGCCUGAUUAAAGCCAGAACGGCAGACAAGGGGCAUUUCUCCUAUAGCCCACCGGUAAGUGAGCCAACAAAGGGGCACUGGAAUUCGGGGACCAACCCCAUUCUUAUAACAAGGAAUCUAGAAGUGUGCUAACAAAGUCACAGGCAGGGGGGAAACCAGUCGGAUGUGUCCCCGAGGGAUUCAUGCCUCCCGAUCCCGAUCCCGAGACGCCAGAGAUCCAGGCAGAAGUCCCUUCCCCGGCAGAAA